AUGACAGACAAUCGUCAAAAGGAGGAUUCAAAUACUAGGAAGGCAGAUAUAGGCAUUGUACUAAGCCGGGCCGAAAUCCUGAGGCUCAGUAAUGCCGGCCAGAAGAGCAAAGACAAGAGGGCGGCGCUUCAUCCAAGUGUGCAGGCAAUGGCCACAACUGGUGACUCUGCCGAGCAAAACAGGACAACAAAACAACACGAAAAGGAGGACAGCACGAAACAGCGUGAGGGAGAACAGAACUACACAACGCCUCCCUCAAAGGCAGUUAGAGAAGAGAAAAGGACGAGCUCUAGUAACGGUGCUGACCCAUAG